CGCCCGGGUGAAUGAAAUCUUGCCGGGGCCCCGGGUCACUCAGUUCCUGAUUCGGUCCGGGAGAACAGCAGCUCGGGCUCAGCCGGCUGCAAAGGAUGGGGGAGCCGAGGGGAUGCACCGGGAGGCAGGCCCGAGGCCUCGGGCUGCAGCUGCAGCUGCUGUCGCUGCUGCUCCUGCAGCCGUCGCCGGGCUGGGCCUCCGGGGCUGCCCGGCCGCCCCACGUAGUCUUCGUGCUGGCAGACGACCUGGGCUGGAACGACGUGGGCUUCCACGGCUCGGUCAUCCGCACGCCGCACCUGGAUGCGCUGGCGGCCGGCGGGGUGGUCCUGGACAAUUACUACGUGCAGCCGCUGUGCACACCCUCGCGGAGCCAGCUGCUCACCGGGCGCUACCAGAUCCAUAUGGGCUUACAGCAUUACCUCAUCAAGACCUGUCAGCCCAGCUGUGUUCCCCUGGAUGAAAAACUCCUGCCCCAGCUCCUAAAGGAAGCAGGCUAUGCUACGCAUAUGGUCGGAAAAUGGCACCUGGGAAUGCGCCAGAAAGAAUGUCUGCCAACACGCCGAGGAUUCGAUACCUACUUUGGCUAUCUCCUCGGCAGUGAAAACUAUUACACCCACGAGGUCUGCGCACUAAUUGAGCCUUUGAAUGUUACGCGGUGUGCUCUUGAUUUCCGAGACGGCGAAGAACCCGCGACAGAGUAUACAAAUAUUUAUUCAACAAACAUAUUUAGCAAAAGGGCUACAACCCUCAUAGCUAACCACCCACCAGAGAAGCCGCUGUUCCUCUACCUUGCUCUCCAGUCUGUCCACGAUCCCCUUCAGGUCCCUGAAGAAUACAUGAAGCCGUAUGAAUUUAUCCAAGAUAAGCACAGACGUAUUUAUGCAGGGAUGGUGUCUCUCAUGGACGAAGCAGUGGGAAAUGUCACCGCAGCCUUGAAAAACCAUGGGCUCUGGAACAACACGGUGUUCAUCUUCUCCACAGACAAUGGUGGGCAGACUCUGUCUGGGGGCAACAACUGGCCGCUUCGCGGAAGGAAAUGGACCCUGUGGGAAGGAGGCAUCCGUGGAGUGAGCUUUGUGGCAAGCCCCUUGCUGAAACAGAAAGGCGUGAAGAGCCGGGAACUCAUUCACAUCUCGGACUGGCUUCCAACACUGGUGAAUCUGGCUCGGGGAAGCACCAACGGGACCAAGCCUCUGGAUGGCUUCGAUGUGUGGAGAACCAUCAGUGAAGGAAUCCCAUCCCCCAGAGUGGAACUGCUGCAUAACAUUGACCGGGACUUCUUUGACAGUUCACCGUGUCCUGGCAAGAGCAUGGCUGCAGAAAAGAACGAUUCUUUUCCAUUAGAAUAUUCUCCCUUUAACACAUCGAUUCAUGCUGGGAUUAGAUACAAAAACUGGAAACUCCUCACGGGCUACCCAGGCUGUGGUUACUGGAUCCCGCCUCCAUCUCAAUCCAACGUUUCUGAGAUCCCGUCACUGGACUCAUCCACCAAGACUGUCUGGCUGUUUGAUAUCGAUCAGGACCCUGAAGAAAAACACGAUCUAUCCCGGGAGCAUCCCCACAUCGUCCUGAAGCUCCUUUCCCGCCUGCAGCACUACCACGAGCACUCUGUGCCUUCCUACUUCCCACCCAUGGACCCCCGCUGUGAUCCCAAGGAUACUGGUGUGUGGAGCCCCUGGAUGUAGA